GAUCACCAGAAAGGCCCGAGGUUUUCACAGCGUCUUUGGUUUCAAGUCAGCCGAGAGCGGGACGGAGUUCGAGUCGAAGCGAGAAAUAAUAAAAAGCGGACUUGCGGGUAACGAUUUCGACGAGUUUUUUUUUCCGGGCAUCUUGGACGGACAAUCUGGAGGAACGAGGCCGAAAACUGUAACGAAACGAAGAAAACCGAGAAAAAUCGAGCCAAAAUGCCGGGCGUCACAUCCACCGAGCCGCAGCCGCAGCUGCUAUUCGUCGAUGGCUCAUUCGAGGAUCUCGCGCGCGAGAUGGCCGACUACCUCAAGGCCGAGGAGGCGAAGCAGCUGCUGAGCGGCGAUAAGGAGGCGGACAAGGAGGAGGUGCUGUCAAAGCUGGUCGCGGCGUCGAGCGCCCUCAGCACCGUUCCGGAGAAGGAGUUCACCGCGGCGUCGAACCUGAUGAUCCACCUCGCCAUGCAGUCGUCGGACCCCAAGAAGCUGCUGCCCACGCUGUGCGCCAACCUGUCCAAGCCGCUCAUUGGCUCGCCCGUCCACGGCGCCGGCCUGGCGCUCAACGCGCUCGUCACCGUCUUCAACCUGCUCGAGCCCAACGACCCCGUCCGGGCGCGAGUCUUCCAGCAGAUCCUCAAGUUCCUCAAGGCCCAUGGCAUGUUUGACGGCCUGCGGGGCUACCUGGACAAGCUGCCGGAAUGGAUCGAGUCAUGGGGAACGGAUGCCGCAAUGGCGAGGAAGAUUUACGAGGACGUGGCUGAGGUCGCCCUCGAGUCUGGCGAAGAAAACACUGCCUACGAGUUCAUCCUCAAGGCGCUCCGAACUUUCGACGGCGAGGAAAUUUCCUCCGAAGACGCCCAGAGGCUGUCUCUCCGCGCCCUCAAGAUGGCCAUUGCCUCCAACACCCACUACCUCUUCCAGGACCUUCGCGCCAUCCCCAGCGUGCAGGCCCUCAGCGACUCCCACCCCGUGUACUCCCAGCUGCUCGACAUCUUUGCCGAGCAGGACCUCGAGGACUACAACGACUUCAACGACGAGCACAAGGGCUGGAUCGAGGAGCAGAAGCUGGACGGCGAGAAGCUGCACCGCAAGAUGAGGCUCCUGACUUUUGCCAGCCUGGCCGCCGCCACCCCCAGCCGCGAGGUCGAGUACGCCAAGAUUACCAAGGCGCUUCAGAUCCCCCAGGAGGAUAUUGAGAUUUGGGCCAUUGAUGUCAUCCGAGCCGGCCUCGUCGAGGGCAAGCUGUCACAGCAGCGCCAAAUGUUCCUUGUCCACAAGGUCACCUACCGCGUCUUCGGACAGAAGCAGUACCAGGAGCUGGCCACCCGCGUCGACCACUGGCGAUCAACUCUGCAGAACGUGCUCGGCGUUUUGCAGCAGGAGCAGGCCAACGCAAAGGCCGCCAAGCUGCGCGAGGCUCAGGAGCUGGAGCGCAAGCUGGCCAACGCCAACGCUGGGGGCCACGAGGGCGGACGACGGAGACAGCAGCAGCGCGAGAGGACAGAUAACGACGACUAGGCUGUUGAGGGGGGGAGCCUGAAUCGAACCACGAGACACGGCCAGGGCUUUUUCAAAAGAGGGGACGGUUUACAACUAAAGAGAAAGACAAAAAUUCCAAAAGGACUGGAAAAGUUCUGGCAUGGGAGGGAGAUAUUUGAUCGUUUGUGUUAAUAGUUACAUCGCUGGGAAUCCGAUAUCACGAGCCGGAGGAUAUUGCGAAUGGCGUAGCCGGUUUAGCAUAUGAUGUUUUUGUUAGACUUUCCUAGUUUUUACG